GGAGUGGCUCCCCGGGCGCCCGGCGGGUCCUGGGGCAGCACGAGGUGGCCGCGGCGCCGCGGGGCGAGGCCGGCGAGCCCGGGACGCGCCUGCCCGUAGCUCAGCCUCCGCGAGCGGGGCGCCGCGGAAGCUGCACUUGCCGCGUCCGCGCGCCCGACGGUCCCAGCCCGGCCGGGCGGACAGCGGCCGGGGGCGGGUCUCGGAGGACCGGGCUGCCCCGAGAGCGCCGAGAGGCGGGCCCGCGCCUCCACCGAGGAGCCGGGCGGGCGGCGGGCGCGCUCUCCGCGGCCGCGGGAUGACUUCUCCGGGCUCCCCUCUGGCGCCCUUGCUGCUCCUCUCCUUGCACGGUGACUGCAGGCGCCCCUCGGCUGCCGCCGCGCCGGCCCUGACUCGGACCCCGCGGGGCUCGUUUCAGACAGCGGACUCCUUUACUGGCCGGUCCGGUGUUGCAGCCUCCCUGGAAGUGUCAGAGAGCCCCGGGAGUGUCCAGGUGGCCCGGGGUCAGACAGCAGUCCUGCCCUGUACCUUCACUACCAGUGCUGCCCUCCUUAACCUCAAUGUCAUUUGGAUGGUCAUUCCUCUCUCCAACGCUAACCAACCUGAACAGGUCAUUCUGUAUCAGGCUGGACAGAUGUUUGAUGGUGCCCCCAGGUUCCAUGGUAGGGUAGGGUUUACAGGCACCAUGCCAGCCACCAAUGUCUCUAUCUUCAUUAAUAACACUCAGCUGUCAGAUACAGGCACCUACCAGUGUUUGGUCAACAACCUUCCAGACAGAGGGGGCAGAAACAUUGGGGUCACUGGCCUCACAGUUUUAGUUCCCCCUUCUGCCCCACACUGCCAAAUCCAAGGAUCCCAGGAUAUCGGCAGCGACGUCGUCCUGCUCUGUAGCUCAGAGGAAGGCAUUCCUCGACCAACUUACCUUUGGGAGAAGUUAGACAGUACCCUCAAACUACCUCCAACAGCUACUCAGGACCAGGUCCAGGGAACAGUCACUAUCCGGAACAUAAGCUCUCUGUCUUCCGGUUUGUACCAGUGCGUCGCCUCUAAUGCCAUUGGAACCAGCACCUGUCUUUUGGAUCUCCAGGUUAUUUCACCCCAGCCCAGGAGCAUUGGACUAAUAGCUGGAGCCAUUGGCACUGGGGCAGUUAUUAUCAUUUUUUGCAUUGCACUAAUUUUAGGGGCAUUCUUUUACUGGAGAAGCAAAAAUGAGGAGGAGGAGGAAGAAGAAAUUCCUAAUGAAAUAAGAGAGGAUGAUCUUCCACCUAAGUGUUCUGCCAAAGCAUUUCACACCGAGAUGUCCUCCUCAGAGAACAACACACUGACCUCUUCCAAUACCUACAAUAGUCGAUACUGGAACAACAACCCCAAAAUUCAUGGGAACACGGAGUCAUUCAGCCAUUUCAGUGACUUGCGCCAGUCGUUCUCCCUCCACUCAGGCAAUGCCACUAUGCCAUCCAUCUAUGCCAAUGGGAACCAUCCGGUCCCAGCCAUACAGAAGACUCUGGUAGUGACAGCCAGUAGAGGGUCACCACCACAGGCCAUGCCCAGGAGCAACGGCUCUGUCAGCAGGAAGCCUCGGCCUCAGCCCAUGCACUCCUAUACCGUCAGCCAAGCCACCCUGGAGCGAAUUGGCGCCGUCCCUGUCAUGGUGCCAGCCCAGAGUCGGGCUGGGUCCCUCGUAUAGGAUGUGACUGGAUAGAGAGUUCAGAAAAGAAUCAGCGGAAACCCCAUACGAGAGGUGGAGUGGGGUGGCUGAGUGCUGGGAAAGAAAUGCUUUCCUUACGAGAAUACUAGUAAAAAACACAAAACAGGCAGUGCUGUUACCUGGCCACUACAAUUUAUGAAAUGAACUGGAAAUGCUCCAUCAUGAAGAUUGGUUUCCCCAGCACAGAUAUCCCAGGAUUCUGUUAAAAAAGCUGGAUCUCAAAGAUGUGCCAAGCCAAGCAAAAAAGAUAAAAGAGUAGAAUAGCACUUAAACCCACUGCAGCUCAGAUGGGCUUCUUCUCUAAUUCAUGCCUAACUUAGUAAUUUUUCAAGAGACUAAAGUGCCAGAUGGAGUUUAAAUAACGAAAUUAUUUCAAAAGAUAGGUGUCUUUAGAUAAAAUAAUGAACAACCCAGGGAUGUGUUCUGCCUCACCCUAUUCCCACUUUAGGUAGAGGGCUAAUGGCAUAAAUGGUUAAUAUUGGUCCCAAUAGGGCUGGCUUUUGCAGCAUAGAAUCAAAACUUUUUACACAAACAAAAUUCAGUAAGAAAACAAAAGAAACUUCUCUGAGAAGCCCAUUCAUAUUUAUUUAUUUAUCUCUUCCUGAACCAUGAAUUUCAUAUUUGGAAUAUUGCUAUAUUGACAGAUUCUUGCCUGUCUCUGUUUUUCUAGGGUCUGUUUCAGGUCCAUGACACUGUUCAUUAUUUACUGGAAAAAUAUUUUUUUAAUAGAAAACUAUUGGGUUGUUUUUGAGCCCUAUGAGAGGCAUAGGGCCAGGAAAGAAACGGCUGUGUUUAACACCAAGCGCAGUGAGUGCGUUCACUGAGCCGGCAGGAGGCCCAGCAGGGAAGAGCUGGGUUGUGUGAGCAGCAGAGGAGCAGGAAGGCUCCGCUGAAGGACAUAAGCAUUCCUGGCAGCCUCUCAGAGCAAGGGCGUCCUGGUCUUCCUUGCUAUCACACUGGGUUACUCUUAAUGAGGUCAGCACCUCUGCCUUCCGUACUGAAGUAGGUCACUUUCUCCUUGUUUGACAAGUCGAGGUUAGUAGGUUCUGACAGUGAGGCUGGAGUUUCCUUUUUGUUUUUCUCAAAACAAUUAUUUUUGCAACAGAGGUUAGACUGAGACAAAAGGGAUGACUUCAGGUAUGCUCUGGGGAGGGUCUGCCCUGUAUUUGUCAUGGCUCAGGGUUGCAGUUUUGCCCAAAUUCAUUUUUAUACCACUGUAAAGAGACUCCUUUUGUGAUUCAGUACCUGGUUUGGCUGGCCUUGUAGUUUACCAGAUACUUUACAAACUCCCCACUGUAUUUUGUGCUGUGUAGAUUUGGCCGUACUUGUUUUGGUGACUAUCUUGCCUUAAUCCCAUUUUAAGUGACACACAAAUGAUUUCCCAGAUUUGUUUGCUAAAUUAUUUAUGAUGUUGACCUCAUAAUUUGAUAAGAACAUGUUUUCUUUCCUGAUGUUGUCUCUCACACCCUCUUGCCACUGUGCUUUUUGCCCUCUUUUCCUGCAAGUAUGAUUGUCACAGAAAGUGGCUUCCUUAUUUUCAUACCUAUUUGAAUAAAUGGAAACCAAUAGCUCUUGCACACACUUUUUCCAAGAGGGCUAAGCUCAGAACCUAACCAUUGCAACCAUUCCAAUAUUGAUGAAAAGCUGAAUUUGCUUUAGCAUUAUUUUUUCCCGUUUUAUGGUUCUUGACUUUGUAAAAAUUGAAAUAAAUAAAUGUCUAUACUUUUAUAAAGAAAAGUGGAAAUACCAUGACAGAAAAGAUACUAUCAUAUGUUGUUUAGAAAGCAUUUAUCUUUAUUCUAAUUAUCUAAAAUUCAAUAAAAGUUUAUUCAUACAAAA